CUCCAAAACAAAAAUUUUAAUUUAAUAAAAUCUGAAAAAUCCCUCCAAAAAUUUCUAAAUUUUCAAAAGUCACUCAAAACUUAAAAAUUUCCGAAAUUGUUCAGUACCAAGCACGUUUCCCUCUCAAAAAUGUUAUUUAUUCCCACAUUGAAUUCCAUUUUCUUCACAAAUCUUCCCUCACAAUUCUCUACCCAGUCUCCUUCUCAAACCCCUUUUCCCAUCAGAUCUCUUUCUUCCUUUCAAACCCCUGAAUUUCUUCCUCUAAGAAGAAAACCCUUUUCUGUUUCUUCCCCUAAUUCUCUAAUGGAGGGUUCUAAAUUAUCUUCUGGUGAAGUUCAUGUAAUUAUUGGCCCUAUGUUUGCUGGGAAAACCACUGCUCUUCUUAGAAGGAUGUUGUCUGAGAAAGAUAUCGGAAGGAACGUGGCGGUUGUCAAAUCAAGCAAGGAUACGAGGUAUGGACUGGACUCUAUUGUGACACAUGAUGGGAAAAAAUUACCAUGCUGGGCUAUGCCGGAUUUGUCAUCAUUCAGAGCAAAGCUUGGAGAUGAGGCUUAUGAGAAGCUGGAUGUGAUAGGGAUUGACGAAGCUCAAUUCUUUGAUGACCUUUAUGAUUUCUGCUCUAAGGCAGCUGAUCAUGAUGGGAAGACCAUAAUUGUUGCAGGACUUGAUGGGGAUUACUUGAGGAGGAGAUUUGGUUCUGUUCUUGAUAUUGUACCACUGGCUGACACUGUAACUAAACUAACAGCUCGAUGUGAGCUCUGUGGAAAACGGGCUUUCUUUACCUUGAGGAAGACAGGGGACACUCAGACAGAACUUGUUGCUGGAUCAGACGUCUACAAGCCAGUAUGUCGACAACAUUAUGUUGAUAGUCCAGUAGUAAUUGAAGCUGCUAGGAUUGUCCUCGACUCUCUAAAGGUUCAGUCUGAUCCACAUGUCGAACCAGUUCCACUAGCUUGUUAAUCUGUUCUAGGACUCCUUAUAGCUGUUUGUAGUUUAGUUUCUGUUUUCCUUUCCUAUGGUCUAUGAGAAUGCAGCUUGUAUUGUGCUUCAUAUGUAUAUAAUCUGGUGUGUGGUAAGUCAAGAGUUUUACGUAAUCCCAUGUCUCAUAUUGUGGCUGAGAUUUACAAGGCUAAGAGUGGAGGCAUCAAGAAUGUUUGGGUUUCAUUUGGUUAACAGUCUAAUAGUAAUAUGUCACUUGCUUGCCUAACU